CCAAGACACUUUAAAAAAUGGCAUUUACAUUUAUAUAAUCUUAAAGAGGAUGAUCAUAAAUAUUUGUAGUAAAAAGAUAAAUGGUGGAUGUACCCUCAUAUUUAAGAUAUCCUCAAAUCUAUUUUUAGCUCUCCCCAUUUGGCUAAAAUUGAGUACAAAAUGAAACUUUUACAACCCCUCACAUAAUAUCAACGAACACAAAAAAUUCAUGUACUUUUGUUGUCUUUAAAGAGUAAACAAUUAUAACUAUCCAUAAAAACCAUUAUUUUGUUCACCAUGUGGUUCUUUGGGGGAAUCCCAGUAAGUUUUUUAAAUAGAGUGAAUACCUUGACUUUAAUGUAUCCGACUGUUGAAUAGCUAUAUGUCUGAUACAACGGAUAAAUAAUAUUUUUAAUUUGUUUAUAUAAAUUAAAAUUAUUUUGUUUACCAUUGUUUCAAAGGAAUUUGUUGGAUUUACUGUAAUUUACAAGAUAUCCAACUUUGAAAAUCAGUGGAAAAUGUUAUGAAAUUAUCUCCCUUUGUAAACUCUUCAGUAAGUGAAGGGGGAAAACACCUAUUGUUUACAUGGAGGGAAAAUGUCGUCUGGUGGGUGUUGCUUUGGCACAGCGACAGAUUGUAACAAUAAUGUGAUAUAUAAUUUAAAAGACUGCGUGAAAACAACAUAUCACCAUUUAAGAUACCUGAAUGCGAACUCUAAAGGCAUAGACCUGCCAGAAAGUUAUUUAAUCCUGUGCAGAGCUGGUGUGAAUGUUAUUACUGCAGCCCAUCUAGACCAAAAUAUUUGCAAGUUUCACAGGGAUUUUCUUGGUGUGUAUUGGAAGCGAAGCAAACGAUCAUGUACACAUCCAUUUCAUGGAAAUUCAAAAUCAAAGCCAGACAGAGGCAUCACCCCAGUAAUGAGUAGAGAACUAUGGCUGCGUCUUCAACUCUCAGUUCCCAUAGGCGAAGCUGUAUGCAGAACAUGUGUUUCUAAACACAAAGCAGACCUCAGUCUUUGUGAACAAAUUGUGGAAGAAAUCAGAGACAGAGUUCAACAAAUGAGUAAUCCACCAUUACACCCAACUGAUGAUUUGCAAAGUUGCCUUUAUGUCAAUGCUGAUCCAGACAAUGUUCCAAUAUCUGAGUCCAACCAAACUGACCAUGCUGAUGGUGAGUGUAUAAAAACUGUAGUAAUACUUGAUACAUCAUAUUUAACAUUGUACUUUUAAGUAGUGAUGUGCAUCCUAAUUUAAUAAAGGGAUAGGUGUUGGUUGUGUUAGAAGCUACUUUUUGACUUAUUUAAAUAGGUUAUAAUUCUUUAAAAUGAUAUGGAAAUGCAGGGCUCAACAUUAUAAAGUUUGUCUGAUGUAAAUCUCAUUUUUAGAUUGGACAUGGUAGUUUCCAUAAAACACUCAGAGUCAGCAGAUUGAGUUGGAAAAUUAAAAUUUAUUAAAUUCACACAGUAUAAUUAUUGAAAAUAUUAAGA